AUAAGUGCAGAACUUGGGGAGUGGGAUUCCACUGAGGCCACCCUAUUCUGCUAACAAGUCCCUAGCUGAUGUGAUGCACCCUGUUAAAAACAACACAAAAACAAAACCCUGUUGUGCUAUGCAAGCCACUAGCUGCUGCAUUGACUAUUAACAGCUCAUAUACCCCUCCUUAUUCCAAUUACAGUAUUCUCUGCUGAUGAUGCAUCAUGCCCUAUGACUGAGUCAGAAGGCUGAGUCUCCACUACAGUAUCUGCUCUCCCAGUUACAGACAGAGAAGCAGUGCUGCAACCACCACCUUCUUAAUACCAUCAGGAUCCCAAGGGCUAAACAGCUGAAACUCCUACAGUAUUUGACAGGUGGAAGCAGCUCAAACCCAUGGAAAGUGAGAACCACACCAGCCAGCCUGAUUUUAUCCUGCUGGGUUUGUCCAGUGGGCAAGAGCAGGACCACCUUCUCUUGGCUCUCUUCCUCACCCUGUACCUGCUGAACUUGCUGGGGAACCUGCUGAUUAUCCUCCUGAUCCGCUCCGAUGCCCAGCUCCUCCAUGCCCCCAUGUACUUCUUCCUCAGUCACCUCUCCUUGGUGGAUGUUUGCUUCACCUCCACCACCAUCCCCAAGAUGUUGCGCAACCUUCACACAGGCCACAAGAACAUUGCCUAUGCUGGCUGCCUGGCCCAGAUGUACUUCUUUGUGGCCUUCGCCAUCACUGAGAACUUCCUCCUGGGCUCCAUGGCCUUUGACCGCUUUGUGGCCAUCUGCCAGCCCUUGCACUAUUCCUUGGUGAUGAGACCCAUGCGGUGUCAUGUGAUGGUGUUCAUUGCCUGGCUACUGGCCCACCUCCACUCCUUGCUCCACACCGUGCUGAUGUCCAGGCUCUCUUUCUGUUCCCCUCGCCACAUCCACCAUUUCUUCUGUGACUCCCAGCCUUUGCUGGUGAUGGCUUGCUCUGAGAAGAACCUCAAUGAGAUACUGAAUUUCUACGAAGGUGGCAGCAUUAUAAUAGGGAACUUCAUCCUCAUCCUCAUCUCCUAUGCUUUUAUCUUCCGAGCUGUGCUCCGGGUGUCUUCUUCCCAAGGCCGGAGCAAGGCCUUCCAAACCUGCGCAUCUCACCUGACUGUGGUCACCCUCUUCUACGGCUCGGCGAUCGGAGUCUACUUCCGACCCCUCUCCAGCUACUCUGGGGACAAGGACAAGAUUGCCACCGUCAUGUACACCGUGGUGACCCCAAUGCUCAACCCUUUCAUUUACACCCUGAGGAAUGCAGACAUGAAAGCUGCCCUUUGCAGAGCAUUGGAGAAAGUAAGACAUGCUUUGGGGAAGCCACACAAUGUCAAGCCGUGAUGGGAAGGAGGGGAACCUGCGAUGAUCAGUUGUGAGAGAUGCAUUGUGAGAGACAUGAGAGAUCAGGCGUGAGUCGGAGAAGCAUGGAUCUUUGAAGGACACCAUUGGUUGGUAGACAGUCAUCAAGGCUGUCUUAUAAGGCGAGCUGUAAGGGCCUGACCUUAUCCAGCUUUCCCACCUGGAUAUUCUGUGCAGAACCAGUCAACGUCAGAGGGACCAGAAGGAACUUCCAUAGAAAUUCCAUUGUUCUCCACAGGAGGGAAGUCUGUCUGGGAGCUGGAUGGGAGGGUUUUUACUUGGUGCUGGGUAGCAGAGGCAGAACAGGAAUCUUGCUGAUUUAUUGAUCAUUCAGGUGCCAAACAACCUCCCUCACAAAGCUAGCAGUGGCACUCUCUAGUAUACUGUUGGAGAACUUCACUAUCAAUGUCGAAUCCGCCUUGCCUGGGCCGGCUCAUGACCUCAUGGGUGCCAUGACAACCACGGGGCUGUCUCAGUAUGUCAUGCACACAAGACACAUGGCAGGUCAUUCCCUAAAUCUGGUUUCAUGAACGCCCUCCCUGGCAAAGUGCAUCUGUCUCCUUCAUUAUUGAAAUUUAUAAGAAAUUUUAAAACAUUCCUAUUCACCUAGGCAU